CCUGCAUGUUGCAAUACCUCCUGAUAAGAGCGGCUAUAAAGGGGGUGUAGGGGGUGGCACACGGGGCCCGGGACACCACCGUCGGUGAGCAGGCUGUCCUGGAGCCGCUGCCAUGGCCCAGGCUCUGCUCUUCCUCCUGCUCCUCAGCGUGGGGGGCAGCACCCUCUCCGCCGCCCGCCCCGGGCCGGCUGCCCGUGACCAGGCUGCGGCACGGGCGCUGCUGGUGCAGCUGGCAGAGCAUGUCCCGCCACAGGCCCUGCCGCGACAUGCGGUCUCGUGCCAGGACCUGCAGCCCGAGGCCCUGCCCGGCUUCGCCCAGCUCCCGCCGCUGGCCCGUGCCCUGGCCCGCGCCGCCAUGGCCCUGGCGCUGAGCGGGGCUGCCUGCGGGCCCCAGGCCGAGGCGGAGGUGCUGGGGCUGUCCCGGGAGCUGGGUCCCGCCGCAGCCGCCGCGCUGCUGCGGGGGCUGGCGCGGCUGCGGGGCGCCCCAGCCUCCAAGGUGCUGCCCCUCCUCCUCAGCCUGGUGCAGCCCUGCGUGGCACCCACCCAGCCCCAGGGCCCCACGGCCAGCGCCCACCCCACUCCACCCAGGGCGCCGGUCACGGCUGAGGGGCUCCAGGUGCUCCCAGGGGCCGGGGCCCGAGCCUGGCUGCCUGCGUGCGGCCGAGCCACCCGGCACCAGUCCCGGCACCGGCGGGAGUACGAGGACGCCUGCAACCCGUCGGGGGAGGAGGAGGCCCACAGGGUGCUGGAGUGGGUGCCGGGCGUCAGCACCUUCUACAACCUGGGCACCAGCCUCUACUAUGCCUUCCAGGGCUGCAGGGCCCUGGCUUCCACGCGGGCCCUGGAGGUCGCCGAGGACCUGGGCUACGCCAGCCUGGCCGCCCUCGCCGGCGGCACAGGCGGCCCUGCGGCCCUGGGGUUGCAGCUGGGGCUGCAGCCGGGGCUCAAGGCCGGUGUGCGGGCGCUCGUCAGCUACUUCACAUCGGAUGGGGACCCCCUACCGGCCCCCACCGCCCACAGCGGCCCGGUCGUCAUUGUCUGAAUAAAGGCCCUGUGCGGCGGCUA